GCAGAGAGGCGGCUUCUCUCGCGAGGACGGACGCCAUUAUCGCAUCUCCUCGACAAACACCACGAGAAUUCCGCAGCCCACACGGUGACAGAAAGCCCGGGCUUCGUGAGUCUGAUUCCUGCCCAUUGACCGGCCACUCUGCUCUCGUCCUGGAUGAUGUCAGAACAGGACCUGGCGGAUGUGGUGCAGAUCGCCGUGGAGGAGCUGAGUCCCGACCACCCAGUUGUACUGGAGAAUCAUGUAGUGACAGACGAAGAUGAACCAGCUUUGAAACGUCAGCGACUAGAGAUCAACUGCCAGGACCCUUCUAUAAAGUCAUUCCUGUAUUCCAUUAACCAGACAAUCUGCUUGCGAUUGGAUAGCAUUGAAGCCAAGCUGCAGGCUCUGGAGGCCACAUGUAAAUCACUGGAAGAGAAACUGGAUCUGGUCACCAACAAGCAGCACAGCCCCAUCCAGGUGCCCAUGGUGGCGGGCUCUCCUCUCGGCGCCACCCAGACCUGCAACAAAGUGCGAUGCGUCGUCCCCCAGACUACAGUAAUUCUCAACAGCGAUCGGCAGAGCGCCGUUGUAGCCAAGAUGGAAGACCCCCUGAGCGGCAGGGCGCCGGAUCCCCUGGAAAAUAUCAUUAGCAACGCGGUGCCCGGGCGUCGGCAGAACACCAUCGUGGUGAAGGUGCCAGGUCAGGAGGACAGCCACAAUGAGGACGGGGAGAGCGGGUCCGAGGCCAGCGACUCCGUCUCCAACUGUGGACAGUCGGGAAGUCAGAACAUCGGCAACAACGUCACCCUCAUCACCCUGAACUCGGAAGAGGACUACCCCAACGGCACGUGGCUGGGGGACGAGAACAACCCCGAGAUGCGGGUGCGCUGCGCCAUCAUCCCCUCCGACAUGCUGCAUAUCAGCACCAGCUGCCGCACCGCCGAGAAGAUGGCGCUCACGCUGCUGGACUACCUCUUCCACCGCGAGGUGCAGGCCGUCUCCAACCUCUCGGGCCAAGGCAAGCACGGCAAGAAGCAGCUCGACCCCCUGACCAUCUACGGCAUCCGCUGUCACCUCUUCUAUAAAUUUGGAAUCACGGAAUCCGACUGGUAUCGAAUCAAACAGAGCAUCGACUCCAAAUGUCGGACGGCCUGGCGGCGAAAACAGCGAGGCCAGAGCCUGGCCGUCAAGAGCUUCUCCCGGAGAACCCCGUCCUCGUCCUCGUACGGCGCCUCAGAGACCAUGAUGAGCACGCCGCCGCCCGCCAGUGAGCUGCAGCAGCCCCCGCCUCAGGCCCUGCACUACGCCCUGGCCAACGCCCAGCAGGUCCAGAUCCACCAGAUCGGGGAGGACGGACAGGUCCAAGUAGGCCACCUCCACAUCGCCCAGGUGCCUCAAGGGGAGCAGGUGCAGAUCACGCAGGACAGCGAGGGCAAUCUACAGAUACACCACGUGGGACAAGAUGGGCAGGUGCUGCAGGGGGCCCAGCUGAUAGCCGUGGCUUCUUCGGACCCUGCUGCCACGGGGGUGGACGGCUCGCCGCUCCAGGGAAGCGACAUCCAGGUCCAGUACGUGCAGCUGGCGCCGGUGACAGACCACACCGCCGCAGCCCAGGGUCACGACGGAGCCCCCCGCUCUCCACUCCGGAGGACACCCCGUGACUUUCUGCUUGUUGGACCUGCCAAGGACCGAGGCAAGGGGCCGGCGGGAGUGAGUCCGAAUCCACGCGUGCCGUCAGCCCGUGUUCACAUCCCUUCUCCCUGGGCCGCCAGAGCCGCACCCUGACUCCCACUGAACGUGGUCGAUCGAGCCAGACAACGUGGGUAGGGAUGUCGGCCCGUGAACUUGGCGCCGGAUUCGGGAAGCAGCUUCCGACUGUGGUGCUGAGGUCCCUCGGGACGGGCCGCCAGGCUUCACGCCGGCAUCACGGGAGCGAAGCGGAUCCUCUGCUGGUGUCCACGCGCAGGUGGCUCGGCCCUGACGCAUCCAGACGUCUCUUCCCACCGAGGUCCUUUUCAGCCCGAUCUUCAGGGUUCCUAGUACCUCCAGGGGCAAGGAGUUCCCUGCUGAACUAGCCACGUCGACUGGCAUUUCUCUUCAGGGCCCGAAAUACCCUCUCAAGGGUCAAAAGGCCUCACGAGUCUGUCGUGGUGACGGCAGACCCAAACCACUGACUCACGGGCUUCAUAUCGGUGAAACGUACAGCGUGUGAGUUAUUUCACAGUAAAGCAGUUAAUGACAACAGCAUCACUCUGGCGCUUCAUUACUCUUUCUGUUACUCCUUCGAACUCCUAACAGGUGGCUGUAGAGGGGGUCAGGCACCACCACCGUCCCCAUUUUGCUGCUGAGGGAGCUACGUGACAGUCACAGCCCCGGACGGGGAGUGGAAGGGCUAAGACUUCGGCCCGUAGAUUGUGAGUUUGGCUCUUUCUGUGAGCUCACCGCCAGCCCACCUUCCAUGACUUAACGCUGACCACCCUCCUAUCUAAUUUGGUCACUCUCAGGUUGUUUGAUCUGAUUCCCUGGACCCUCCCGUUGCUUUUUU